GUCAGUUAGCAGUUUGAGAGCUGCUUUAGUUGAUGGCCCAGUUUGUGCAUGUGCAACACAAAAUGCUUUAUGCUCUAUUGUGCCUAAUACAAAUCUGGAAGAUUGCACGUAUGGUACCUUAGCUUGUCCAGUGCUAUGCUCUGCUUUGAAAGUAGCUUUUUCCCUUUCUUUCAUGAGAAUUCUUGCUAUUAUCUAGUCAGCUUCCUGCAUCACAUAGCGUACAUGAUAUUUCUUUAUCAAUCUGUGCCAAUGGUUAUUGACCCUAAUUAUUCGAAAAAGCUAUAGAAGUGAAAAAUUAUCUUCUUAACAGAAAUGCUUUCUUUGUUAGAUAUGCCAUUGGCGGUUUUGAUGGUACUAAAAUGGUUCCAAGUGUUGAAAUAUUUGAUCCACGACUUGGAUCAUGGAUGAGUGGGGACCCAAUCAACCAGCCAAGGGGAUAUGCAGCUGCUGCCGUUGUAAAAGGAUCUAUAUAUGUUAUCGGAGGUCUGAGAGCUGGUGAAGACAUUCUAGACUCGGUGGAGUGUUUCAGGGAGGGGGAGGGUUGGCAAGUGAAAACCACCAAGGCUGUUGGCAAAAGGUGCUUCUUAUCGGCGAUUGUUUUUAAAUCAUGAACAUUAGAAUGGUUU